UUCAUAGUAAUCAGCAAGCGAGAGCCCGCAGUGGGCGGAACGGAGUGCAGCACACACAGCAGUGACUAGUCGGCAGUCCCCGGUUUACGUUGGUGAUAAUUUGAUCGUGCCGAAGAGUUUCAGCCGAAAUCAACAUCCGGACCGAGCUCUUUAUCCGACAAAGGCAAAAAUGGGAUCCCUUUUUCGGAGCGAGGAGAUGACCUUGUGUCAGCUCUUCCUCCAAAGCGAAGCAGCUUAUGCCUGCGUGUCCGAGCUCGGAGAAUUGGGCCUCGUUCAAUUCCGCGACUUAAAUCCAGACGUCAAUGCGUUCCAACGAAAAUUUGUCAACGAGGUACGAAGAUGCGAUGAAAUGGAAAGGAAAUUGCGGUAUUUGGAAAAGGAAAUUAAAAAGGAUGGAAUCCCAAUGCUUGAUACCGGUGAGAAUCCGGAGGCACCGCAGCCCAGAGAGAUGAUAGAUCUUGAAGCUACUUUUGAAAAGCUUGAAAACGAGCUGCGUGAAGUAAACCAAAACGCCGAAGCUCUCAAGCGUAAUUUCCUAGAGCUGACAGAAUUGAAGCACAUACUGAGAAAGACUCAGGUUUUCUUCGAAGAGGCUGAGCACGGAGGUGUCGUGUCGCAGAUGGCAGACCCGAGCCGCGAGGAAGAGCAAGUCACCCUGCUGGGCGAAGAGGGCCUCCGCGCUGGCGGCCAGGCUCUCAAGCUCGGUUUCGUCGCUGGAGUUAUUCUCAGAGAACGCAUACCUGCGUUUGAACGCAUGUUGUGGCGUGCUUGUCGUGGAAAUGUUUUCCUACGUCAGGCUGAAAUUGAGAGCCCGCUUGAAGAUCCAUCCUCAAGUGACCAAGUGUUCAAGUCGGUUUUCAUCAUAUUCUUCCAAGGUGACCAGCUGAAAACUCGUGUCAAGAAAAUAUGCGAAGGUUUCCGUGCCACUCUUUAUCCUUGUCCUGAGGCGCCAGCUGACCGCCGUCAAAUGGCAAUGGGUGUUACUACACGUAUUGAAGAUUUAAACACGGUUCUCGGCCAAACGCAAGAUCAUCGACACCGAGUCUUGGUAGCUGCUGCUAAGAAUAUAAAGAAUUGGUUUGUAAAAGUGCGAAAGAUCAAAGCCAUCUACCACACUCUCAACUUGUUCAAUUUGGAUGUUACCCAGAAGUGUUUAAUAGCCGAAUGCUGGGUUCCGGUAUUGGAUAUCGAGACUAUUCAACUAGCUUUGCGUCGUGGAACUGAACGCAGCGGAAGUUCCGUACCUCCGAUUUUGAAUCGUAUGCAGACGUUUGAGGACCCGCCGACAUACAAUCGAACAAACAAAUUCACAAAGGGCUUCCAAGCAUUGAUCGAUGCAUAUGGUGUUGCCUCGUACAGAGAAAUGAAUCCUGCCCCUUACACUAUAAUCACUUUCCCAUUCUUAUUUGCUGUCAUGUUUGGUGACUCUGGCCACGGACUUCUUAUGUUUCUAUUUGCCGGUUGGAUGGUGCUGAAGGAAAAGCCUCUCGCUGCUCAAAAAUCUGACAACGAAAUCUGGAAUAUAUUCUUUGCUGGUCGUUACAUUGUCUUCCUUAUGGGCUUGUUUUCUAUCUACACAGGUCUAAUUUACAAUGAUGUUUUCUCGAAAUCUUUGAACAUAUUCGGAUCAUAUUGGUCCUCCAAUUACAAUAUCAGUACACUUCAAGAUAGCUCGGUGUUGCAAUUAAAUCCGAACAGUUCAGAUUACAACCAAACUCCUUAUCCAUUUGGGAUGGAUCCAAUCUGGCAGUUGGCUGAAAACAAAAUUAUAUUUUUCAACUCCUACAAAAUGAAGAUCUCUAUAAUCAUCGGUAUCAUUCAUAUGUUAUUCGGCGUUUCUGUUGGCCUGUGGAAUUACCUUUACUUCAAAAAAAUUGAAAACAUCUUUGCCCUCUUUAUACCCCAAGUAGUUUUCCUGGUUUUCCUUUUCCUGUACAUGGUCAUCCUUAUGUUCAUCAAGUGGGUAAAAUACGGACCUGCGUCUGAUAUCAGAUACUCGUCGUAUUGCGCUCCCUCGGUACUCAUCACUUUCAUUAACAUGAUUCUCUUCAAAGAUACUCCAACAGUGCAAGGCUGCGACGAUUGGAUGUAUGCCGGACAAGGCAUUCUGCAAAAACUUUUAGUCAUUAUUGCGCUACUCUGCGUUCCCUGGAUGCUGAUAGUUAAACCAGUUCUGAUCAUGCGCAGCAACAAGAGGCAACACUAUCAGUUGAACAAUCAUGGGACUGAAAACGGAGAUGUAGAAGGGGCGCCUGGGGCUGCAGCGGCAAAUGCUCCCGCCGUCCAGGGUGGACACGGUGAAGAGGAAGAAGACAUGUCCGAGGUAUGGAUUCAUCAGGGAAUCCACACCAUUGAAUACGUCCUUGGUAGCGUGUCGCACACUGCUUCCUACCUUCGACUUUGGGCUUUGUCACUUGCUCAUGCACAACUGUCUGAGGUACUUUGGGACAUGGUGUUGCGAAGGGGAUUAGCACAAGAAGGUUACGUAGGCGGUAUAAUAUUGUGGGCCGCAUUCGCCGUUUGGGCAGUUCUGACUGUCGGCAUCCUAGUUUUGAUGGAAGGGUUAUCUGCUUUCCUCCACACGUUGCGUCUUCACUGGGUGGAGUUCCAGAGCAAAUUCUACAGUGGACUUGGAUACAGUUUCACACCGUUCUCGUUUGAAAUAAUAUUAGACACUGCACAAGCAACAACAGAAGAUUAGAAAUGACCGAAUUUACUUAAACUUGUCUAUCUCGUCUAUGAAACAAUGUCAGAUAAUGCGAAAUUACUGUCUGAUCUUUUUUUUUUUUUUUAUAGGCAUAGCGGGGUUUACAUCUGAAUAUUAAAUCCAGUUUAUCGUGAAUCUGUAUUCGUCUCUAUUUUGAAAAAAUGUAUUUCUAUGUAAUUGAAAAUCAAUUAUAAUUAUGAAUUGUUGUGUUAGGCAAUAGAUUGGUAGGCGACUAACAAUAUCGAACAAAGCUACCGAUUUUCAUCAACAUAUGUGUAAUAAUUUCUCAUCAAUCCUAGUAUCGGCACAUUCGGGGCGAUGUAUUUUGGACUUCUCUGUUUACCAUUAAAUAGGGGUAAUAAAAAAAGUAAAUAUGUAAUUGAUCAGGGUUUGCUGUGGAAUGUGAUAAAACUAAUAAUGAGAAUGUCUCCGAACCGUAAACAGCUUGAUGGGGAUGAAAAGUAAUAAUAAGCGUCGAAUCAGUUUUUGACAAACAAAUUACCGUUAACAUUGCGAAAAAGGAUGAAUAUGACAGUGCAUUGAAAUUUAAAUCAAGUUAUGGAAAUUCUCUUUGUCAGAUCAAACUAUUUACGUAUAAAUGUGUCGUAGGAUUUGAAAUAUCAAAUAUACACGUCCGAUGAAAUAAUAAUUACGAUAUUAACGUAUUGAAACUGCUUUUGUGGUGUUAUGUAUUCUUUGGUGUUUAAAAAUAAAUGUCGCAGUUUAGUGUA